GGCGGCCUGAGGUCCCGGCAGUCGGAGAGGCGGCUGCAGGCCCCUCCCUGCGGAGCCGCUGGUCCGGCAGGCGGGGAUGUGACCGCGGGCCCUGCCGGCCUGCCCCGGGCGUCGCCUCAGCUGCCGUGCCAGUGCCCUCCGGCCACACCGAUGGCGGGAUCCGGCUGCGCGUGGGGCGCGGAGCCGCCGCGGUUUCUGGAAGCCUUCGGGCGGCUGUGGCAGGUACAGAGCCGCCUGGGGAGCGGCUCCUCGGCCUCGGUGUACCGGGUGCGCUGCUGCGGCACCCCCGGCUCGCCCCCCGGCGCCCUCAAGCAGUUCUUACCGCCGGGAACCACAGGCGCUGCGGCCUCGGCCGCCGAGUAUGGUUUCCGCAAAGAGAGGGCGGCGCUGGAGCAGUUGCAGGGUCACAGGAACAUCGUGACUUUGUAUGGAGUCUUUACAAUCCACUUCUCUCCAAAUGUGCCAUCACGCUGUCUGUUGCUUGAACUCCUGGAUGUCAGUGUUUCGGAAUUGCUUUUAUAUUCCAGUCAUCAGGGCUGUUCCAUGUGGAUGAUACAGCAUUGUGCCAGGGAUGUUCUGGAGGCCCUUGCUUUUCUUCAUCAUGAGGGUUAUGUCCAUGCAGACCUCAAACCACGUAACAUAUUGUGGAGUGCAGAGAAUGAAUGUUUUAAACUCAUUGACUUUGGACUUAGCUUCAAAGAAGGCAAUCAGGAUGUGAAGUAUAUUCAGACAGAUGGGUAUCGGGCUCCAGAAGCAGAACUGCAAAAUUGCUUGGCCCAGGCUGGCCUGCAGAGUGAUACAGAAUGUACCUCAGCUGUUGAUCUUUGGAGCCUAGGAAUCAUUUUACUGGAAAUGUUCUCAGGAAUGAAACUGAAACAUACCGUCAGAUCUCAGGAAUGGAAGGCAAACAGUUCUGCUAUUAUUGAUCACAUAUUUGCCAGUAAAGCAGUGGUGAAUGCCGCAAUUCCAGCCUAUCACCUAAGAGACCUUAUCAAAAGCAUGCUUCAUGAUGAUCCACUCAGAAGAAUUCCUGCUGAAAUGGCAUUGUGCAGCCCUUUCUUUAGCAUUCCUUUCGCCCCUCAUAUUGAAGAUCUGGUGAUGCUUCCUACUCCAGUGCUAAGACUACUGAAUGUGCUGGAUGAUGAUUAUCUUGAGAAUGAAGAGGAAUACGAAGAUGUUGUAGAGGACGUAAAAGAGGAAUGUCAAAAAUAUGGACCAGUGGUAUCUCUGCUUGUUCCAAAGGAAAAUCCUGGCAGAGGACAAGUUUUUGUUGAGUAUGCAAAUGCUGGUGAUUCCAAAGCUGCUCAGAAAUUACUGACUGGAAGGAUGUUUGAUGGCAAGUUUGUUGUGGCUACAUUCUACCCGCUGAGUGCCUACAAGAGGGGAUAUCUGUAUCAAACUUUGCUUUAAUCAGUAACCUAAGGACUCUUUCCUGUUUCUCCUCCUCCAUUUCCUGGGUUAUUGUAUUCUAUAUCUGAAUGCAGGAGUACCCCCUUACCGUUUUAAGGGAAUACUUUGUACAUUUAUUUAAUCCUACUCAUGUGCAGCCAUUGCUCAAGCAGUGGCUGCAUUGCAGACGUUUGGCACUGAGUAGGACAAGACCUCUCAGCUAUACAUUGAGGGGUUUUAGAGCAUCCAUAUGGGCAACCUUUUUUUGUGCAGUAGGGCGAGUGCUGCUCUUCAGUAUGUAACCUAAAAAGAUUAAUUAUUUCAUGUGAUCAUGAAGCAAGGAUGAAUAAUAUCAUGUCAUAGUGAAUAUUAACAAAUUUGUCAAGAGUUGGUGACAUCCCUUACAGAUUGUUCCUUUAUGUGACGUCAGAUGGUUCUUCCUUAUCACUGAUACUCAUAGCUGGCCCUGGAUGCUCCCAGUCAUUGUUAAGUAACCGUCAAGCAGCAAUUACCUACUGUGUUCUUAACACUGAGUUACGAAUUUUUUUAAAGGAGUACGGUAGUACUGAAUAUUCCUUUAAAGAAACUGCAGUGAGCCUAUCUACUUCUUUUUUUUUUUUAAUUAAGGCUUUUCAAAUAGAAAGCUGAUGCUUGAUCUUGCACAAUUUUUAUUCUAGUGUGUGUGCUUGAGUGGGUGUGCAGGUAUGAAGGAUUAGGGAAGAUUUGAGUCAGUGUGCUUUAUAGUGUGAGUCUCGUGAGCUAGUAUGGUCUAUGCCUGUCUCUCCCCAGCUGUUUCCUAUCUGUCAGAUUUAGGAUCUAUGUUUUUUGAGAGUUGGUCUCUCUGAUAGAAUGUAAGUGAGAAAAUCGUUCAUUCCUGAGAGGUUCAGAACAAAUGAGUCUAGACUGAGUUACACUGAAACUCUCUUAAAGUGAUUGGAACAAAGCAAAAGAUCGCCCUAUCCUCAAAUCUCCUUGAGACCCUGUAUUAGCUCAUCUUUUUUGUACUGAAUCUCCUGUGAUCAUUGUACGAUUUCUCAAGGUACAGUUCUGCCUGCAAUGAUGGAAACUGAAGUGGGUCAAAAAGAAAGAUGUUCAGUGGAGGGAAAAGAAAAAAUAGGCAAAGAGAAAGUGAAUAAUCCAGGAUUCUUUUUUUUCCUUCUUUCCUCUCUCCAUCAUCCCCUUCCCUCCCCUGUGUCUCCCUUCACCCGUUCCCUGCCUGUCUCUGUAGCUGAAGAGAAGCUAGAGGAACAGCAUCCCAGAUGGUCUGGCUUUUGACUGCAGGGAAGUUAAGAAAGGUGUAGCUCUCAUAGGAUGGACGUAGAAAGGAAGAAACUCUCGUAAAGAUUUCUUAGAAGGAUUCACGGCAAUCUAAUGUGUCCCUGGGCGCAGGAUGCUGGUAUGCAUGAGUUUGUGAACAUGGAUUGAUGAUGUGGUUUUAGGAAUUGUAAUUAUGGAUUCCUCCCACUUUAUGGUAGAUUGACUUCAAAGGUUUAAAACUUAGGAAACCUUUAUAAAGCACUGAUUAUACAAAAAAAAGUUGUAUACAGGUUAUGAAUUUUCUUCUUAUUUCCUUAUCUAAAUGAAAAUUUUUAAUUUUUUUUCCUAAGGAAAAAGCCUUUUAUAACUUGCCCUGCUGGAAGCCUCCUCAUAGAGUCUUCCCUUGUGUGUUCCCCGCAGGUUAUUGAGAGCCCAACUAGGAAUUUACAUUUCAGAGGAUGAAUUAUCUUCCCUAUUCAUAUCACAAUUACUAUCUGACAUUUGAGUUGUUUACAGUUGUAUUAUUCAGAACUCACCCUUAAUAUUUAUUAUGAAGCCAAAUAUGGUGUGAGGAGGCUGAUUUAUGAAUUGCCAAAAGGCCUUGUGGCGUGGUCCCCAAGGGAAAAUUGUAAGUGUCUAGUAUGUGCCCUUAGGAGGAACUGUUAUUUCUCAUUUUGGCCCUCUCAGAAAUGGAUGACUGGUUUGUUUUCAAAUAAAAGUUUGAGAGUAUAACCGGUACUCUGGAGACCUAAGCUUUCCUAAAACAUAAAUGUUUGUAGGGGUAGCAAGCUUCGGUGACUAGAAACAUUGGGUUCUUCCAUGUAUACCGAUGAACACAGAAUACCAAUGAGUUCUUCUUAAGGGCAGGUAUUCUAGGCUAGCGCAUGUCCCUUUCUGCCCCCACCGCCACCCCCACAAAGAAAAAACCCUGACAAAUAAACUGCAGGUAGGCUUCCGAGCUUGGGGAUGUGGUAUGCUGCUAGCGUCCUGAUGCUGAAUUUCACGGCAUUCCUGGAUUGUCUUAUUGCUGUUGUAUUCACGCCGAUGUGUAGUGUUCGACACUGUGGAAUUGUAUUACAGAAGACGCUAACUAGAUUUUAAGGGAGCUAAGGGACUAAUUGAUGAGCCUAAGUAACCAUGCAUUGAAUUAAAUAUUUUAUGUUAAAGCCACAGAAUUGAAAAAAGAUGCCUCCUGUGACUUAAAUGGUGAUUUUAUAGCUUUUAGCCCAUUAACUACCAAAGAUGACAUUUGCAGAUCCUCCCUCCCUCCUCUGAUACUACAAGAAGUUUAAUAUUACUGUCUUUCUCAAACCUGAACCAAAUAUUACCAAAAGAUGCAAUUUUUAUGAUUCUUUUAGGGUGAAAUAUAUACACGGAGAUUUUGAUUUUCUUGAAGUUACUAAAAACCUAGGAAUUUUCUUUUUGAGAGGCAGGGUAAAGAGGCGAGGGUUUUUGUCGCUUAAACAUUACUCUUUUGGACAAAUUUGAUCUCAGGUAGUCUUUCUUUCCCUAAGUUAACGUCUGUGCUUCCUUCCCUCUUGCCUUUCCAAUUUCUUCUUCUUCCAUGGUUUCGUCAUGGUACAUUUUUGGCCCAGAAAAGACGUAUAAAUUGAUUAUUCUAUAGGAAAUCUUUGGUUCUUGGGAAACAUUCAGAGGAGGUCGCUAGCUAGCCACUUUCAAAACUCCAAUGCUCGAUUUCGAGGAGAGCAAGUGGAGUCCGACACCUCAGUAAAAGAUAGCACUAACUCCAACUAUUGGCUGCAUUUUAAAGGAAUAAUAAAACAAUUAUCCUCUUGCGGUAAGAGAUUGCACUUGCUACCACUGGAUGUCUUCCUUUGGUUUGUGGUCAUCAGUAUAGCAACUCUUCGGGGUAAUUCCCUCUCUGCUAUGCCUUGAGCCAAAACUGGCUGCUCUUAGAACACAACCAUAAAUACAGUUUUACCUGUCCCUUCCUUUGUUUUCAUUGAGACAAGGAUUGCCUUCUUUUUGGUACUCCAGCUGCUAAAAGCAUGCUGAGAUAUGUUAAGUUAACCUUUAAAAAAAAAAAAGAUCCUUGAAUUCUUAUUUAAAUUGCCUUCUAGAUUAUAUUUCAAUCUCUGAGCACAUUUGUGAUCAGGCAUGCUGCCAGAAACAGUGCUGCCAUGUAGAGGAAGUUGAAGAGAAACUCUGGGCAUAAGGUGUGUUUCUAUAUGAAUACACUGGGCUUUCACCCUGCUAAGGGCAUCGGUUACCCUUUUGGAAUAAAUGCACAUCCACGGUUGAGCGCUCACAUGCUGUUUCCCGGCUCCUUUGUGUUUGCUCAUGAGAUGCAGGUAACACUUUGUCAUCAUUUUCUUCUUAGGUCUUACGUUCUGACUUGAUCGUUUCUGCCAUUAGUUUGACUCGGCAGCGUGACAUUGUAGUUUUUGUAAUUUAAUGAAAAUCAGCACUGUAGUAACUGAUGGGUGAUUACAAUAUCCUAGUUACUGGGUGAGGCUCUGGAGGAGACACUCAGUAACUACGUGUUUUACCUAGAAUUUUAUGCAAGGGUACAUGCUAAGUGGCGUCCUUCAGAUUAGGGUACAGAUGGCAUCGCAUCAUGGCGAACUUUUAGUCUGGUGGAUGUGGAGACAGUCAAAGAUUUAAGCAAGUGCCUUGUGUUUCCUGAAAAAUAUUAAAACUCAUUUGGGUGAAAGCUCCCAGAUGAUGAUAAUUUAUUGCACCUCUGCCUUUUCCUUGGAAUAACUUUUGGAUUGAGUCACAUAGUAUAAAAAUCCAAAAUUUCCUUUGUUUACCUUUAUUUUGUAAGUGUGAAACUACUCAUAUUUGAUUUUCCCCCCCAAUAUUACAUAUGAUGGAAAGCCAGAGUGACCUGGCAGAAUCUAAUUCUUCCUGGGAUCUAGUUCCAUUUUUAAUACCAGGUUCCUUCUUCAAAUCUUACUACUCUGGCUCUCUGAUAGAAUUUAUUUCUUGGCAAAUGUGGUCACGUACAGACCAGCUUUUGGUCAUCAUUAGCUGAGAAUUUCCAUUUCUUAAGGUGCUCAGUAAAUCACCUUUACUUGAGAUGGUAGUCCUUCCAAAUUAGUAUUACUAGUAAGCUUUCUCCCUGGAUAUAGAGAUGUGGACUCUCUAUCAUGUGGAACUCCUCAGAACCUCUUGGAUUUGGAUUUGGAUAAGUUACAUUUUCUUAGUUACAGAGGGACAUGCAUAUUUUAGUUUUUAAAGUACCCAGAAAUUUAACGAAUUUGUUUCAUUUUGUUUAAGGUUAGCUGUUUCUCUGCCUGAUACUGCAGGAUGUCAUGCUUGGUUAUCUUAGCCGCCUCUCCAACCUCGCUGUUUGUCAGGUUUUUUUUUUUUUUAAUUGUGUGAUGACCAGUAGGUAGACACAGUGGCACGUAAUCGACAAGGACUGUGGAUAUUUAAGAAGGAGGUAAACAAUUUUAACUAUUUUUGCUGCAAUUUUAUAGGAGAAAUGGGCUAUAAAAGAAAUAUCUAUAAACCAGAGAGCAUUUAGGAGAUUGUAUAUUUUAUAGGUGGUAGUUAAGGUGAUCUUCAGGAUAUAAGAUAUAAAGUCUAUACAGCCUUUUGUUUUCCUGAUAAAAAGUUUUUAUUCAUCUUCCUACAGCUCAGCACUUUGUUGUUCUUUACAUUGCUUAUGAGGAUUAAUGUUUUUAGAUUCGCUGUUUGUGCUUUUCAGACAGUUGUCAUAAUCAUGGGGUUAUGUUUAUCUCACCAUAAAUGCUGGCAUUCAUGGGAAGCUUAUCAGAUGAUUGCCUGAGUGUUAUUUCCCAUUAAACAGAGUAGCUUCCAAAGUAUCCUAAAGGAAACUGUACAUAAGUUCAUAGAGGCAAAGAGAAGCAUUCUGUCUUACUUGCCUUAACCGACCAUUAAUCCUUGUUGUGCAGAAAAGAGCUUAUUUUGUUAGACUCUUGAUUGUCAGCAAGAGAAUUAUAUGUAGUUACUCCCCUGCUCCCCGUGCCCCUCCCCCCCAUUGCAACUGCCUUCCCCUUCUAGGCUCACCUCUUAACUGGUAUUCAUGAUGUCAGGAGUGUGUGAGAGCAGACGUGGUGACGUGUUCUAAAUCAUGCAUACAGACACAGAAUCGCUUUGGUUAUUGGAAUUGUGGACGGCUGUAUUACUUUGUUAGCAUGGGUUGUCAGAAAUCUGCCAAAUUUAAGAGUAAAGAAGAAAAAGGAAAGUCAUAAAAAUAGAAAGGGGAGGGGAGGAAAACAGCUUCCUUACUGGUAUUCAUAAUCUUCCAUCUAGUUUAUGAUCAAAAAGUGAUCAUUUCUUUGUAAAAAUCCAGAUGUGGUACCUGUAGCAUAGAACAUUGCCUUUCCUACACAUUCCUCAUCAUCGUUUCCCCAGAAAAUCAUUUUUAGAGCUUAUAAAACCAGAUUAGGUAUCCAUAUUCAGUUUGACCUAAUUUUUAAAAAUAAAUAUUUAAACUCCAGUUUUUGUGUGUUUGGUGUGCAUCAAUACUCAUGCAUAUCCAGGAUCAGAAAGAAACGGGAUUAGCCAUCUCCGAAUUUCCCUUUGCACAUUGGGUACAGUGGGUAUCAGUAUGCACUUGCCUCAGAGUUCUAGCACCUUAUGGUAGUGUUUAUUAUAAUUAAAAAAAAAAGUUAAAGCUGCAUCUCUGUAGAAUAUUUACUUUGCAGAAUGUAAAGCUGUUAAUAUCUUUUCCGGCAGGAUUUACUCUUUCAUUCUUAAUUCUUUGUUGAGAAAAUCUUAAAUGAUUUAACAUUCCUUUAUAUCCUCUUAACAGUGUCAAAUCUGGGGUAGAAGGGAUAUUUUUUUCCCAAAAAGGGCUCCAUCUUUGUUACCUUUUUGAUCACUCUUAGAAAUCCUCUUAUGAUCAGUAGAUGGUAGCAGCUCGUGGCUUCCUAUAUCAGCACUGGAGAGGUUGGUUAUGAGGAUUAAAAUCUACUCCUCUUUUCCCUCAGUAACAUGUAAUUGCUAUGUUUUUAAUAAGAAGGUGUGGUUAGAAAAAAUGUGAAAGAUCACUCAAAACCAAAGCCAGUUAUAAGGAGUAUUCUCUCCUGUUGGUUUACCUUCACCUCAGAACUACAAGAAUAUUACAGUACACAGUGAAUAGUCUGUAACAUUUCUACCAGUUGUUUCAGUAGCCUAUUGGUCUUGGCAUUUCUUGGCACUAUGGUUCUCUGUUCUUGGUGAUGUCUUAUUGUUUGUGAGUUUUUGUUGUUUUUUUUUUUCAAAGUAAAUGGGACUAUAAAUGUAGAUGUGGUACUGAUGUACCAAGAAGUUCUUUUCUGAAAUCCCUAAAUCCCUGAUUCCUAUUCAAGUCUUUUAGACUUGUUUUUUCUUGCUAAGUAGCAAAGAACUUUUAUUUUUCACUUUCCUAUAUACCUAAAAAGUACGGACACUGCGUUUCAAUGGACUGUAUUGCGUGUAGUUUUUUGCUGAAAACUUUUUCUGUAAACACAAUUGCCUUGUUCAGUUUUGUUGUAAACUGACUUACCAUAAGAUGCACUGUUGAUACGCUUUCUGAUGUGUGUUUCAUAAGGGUGAUAAAAUAAAGCUUAAAAAUAAAA